GCAACAGAGGCCAUGGGCUGCUGGAAGCUAGAGAAAAGCAACACCUGGACUUUUCCCACCCUGAUCCUCUGCCUCUAUGGAUUCUUCUACAUGAUGAAACCAUCAGAACCUUUCCUAACACCCUACCUAACAGGACCAGAUAAAAACCUGACUAUAGAUGAGGUUAUGAACCAGAUUUUCCCAGUUUGGACAUACUCCUACCUUGCACUCCUUUUCCCAGUCUUCCUGAUUACAGACUACGUGCGUUACAAGCCCAUCCUCCUCCUCCAGGGCAUCAGCUUUAUCGUCACGUGGCUCUUGCUCCUCUUUGCACAUGGCGUGGUGGCCAUGCAGGUGGUGGAAUUCUUCUAUGGAAUGGUGACAGCCACCGAGGUCGCCUACUACGCCUACAUCUACAGCGUCGUCAGCACCGAUCACUAUCAGAGAGUGACGAGCUAUUGCAGAAGUAUCACUCUUGUUGCAGCCACUGUUGCUGCCGUGCUGGGACAGCUGCUGGUUUCCUUAGCAGGUGUAUCCUACUUUCACCUUAAUGCCAUUACUUUGGCUUCUGUGUCCCUGGCAUUUGUGUGUUCAUUUUUCCUCCCAAUGCCUCAAAAGAGUAUGUUCUUCCACAGGAAAGAUGCCUCAGAGCCUCUCCCGGGACCAGAUAAAGUUGUGGCUACAGUCAGCUCCGACAGGCCACCGGGCCGCCAAGAGGACAAGGGCUCCGUAUCUGCUGACAGGGGACCGACAGCUGAACAUCAGGCUGAUAAUGCCAAGCCCCAGAAUCAUGUACUCAGGGUACUGGUGCAGCUGAGCAAGGACCUGAGGGAUUGCUACAGCUCCAGGAAACUUCUCUGCUGGUCCCUGUGGUGGGCUCUGGCUACAGCAGGCUUUAACCAGGUUCUGAAUUAUAUCCAAGUGCUGUGGGACUUCAGAGCCCCCUCUCACAGCUCUGCAGUGUACAAUGGGGCUGUUGAAGCAAUAGCAACGUUUCUGAGCUCAGUAACAUCUUUCAUAGUACAAUAUAUGAAAAUUAACUGGGACCUUUUUGGAGAACUGGCUUUAGGGAUCUUCUCUGCAAUAGAUGCUGGUUCUCUAUUUCUCAUGCACUUCACUACCAAUAUCUGGGCAUGUUACGCUGGCUAUCUUGUUUUCAAGGCAUGCUAUAUGUUCCUCAUAACAAUAGCAACGUUCCAGAUUGCAGUCAAUCUGAGCAUGGAACGCUAUGCCUUGAUGUUUGGAUUCAACAACUUCAUUGCAUUGGUGAUUCAGACCAUUCUUACAGUAGUCGUCGUGGAUUCAAGGGGCCUGGGUCUGGACAUAAUGUCUCAGUUUUUAGUUUAUGGUGGCUACUUUGCAGUCAUAGCUGGGAUUUUCUUGAUCAGAAGCAUUUGCAUGCUUGUCUCAAGCAAAUGCAAAAGGAAAAUCGCAAGAUCUUGCAAAGAUCAUCUGAACCAUGCUGAACACGAAUCAAAAGAGCAGAUUGUAACUGGCUAUACGACAUGGCUGUAGGAGUCGGGCAGACAGGCUCACAUGGCCAGGCCCUCAUGGGAGAAGAGCUCUUACUGCAGCAUGCAGGAAACAGCAGUGCAAGAUGAAUGCACAGCACAGCCCUGAAAAGCUACACUGAAUAAUUACAGUGCUUCAUUGCAACAUAUGCCAGCUAAGAUCUCGCCAUAAUGGCAGUGUGCUAAGAAGAAAAGAUAAGUUGCUUUAGAAUCUUAUUUACUUGCCUAUACAUAGCUUCACAGCAGUAAUUUAUACACAAGAACAGAGCAACCACCUUGGCAUCCCACCAUGCACGAUGGCAAAGGUCAGAGUUCACCCUGCCUUGCUUGUUCUAGCUCUUGUAUAUGGUGUUGGCAAGCUGCUUCCAUGCACAUUUGCUCAGGCAUGUGGGUGAAGGGUCUGUCCUCCGCUUUGCACAUACUUUGUUAUGAACUAAGGAAGAAGGAAUUGCAUUUGCAUCAUUAUAGUCUCUCCUACCUAACUACAGGCGAUUCUGUGACAGACUCCCCCUUUCUAAUUUAAAAGCCCACAUCAAAAGCGGGCCUUUUGCACACAACGGUGCAGGAAAGCAGGGUUCCCACAACCUACCUGAGCAGGUUCACUAAAACACUGCUAAGCCACAAUUGUUGCUUGGCCCACUAUUGAAAGCUGCAACCUAAACACUGUACUGAGUCCAUAGCAAUCUCAGCCCAGAAGGGAAAAACUUCAGAGUCAAAACAAAAUGAAAGACCCCCACUCCUUUCCUUGUGCUUCCAGUAAAAUUAAAUUCAGGACCGAGUGUCUUCCUGUUUCAACAGAAAAAGAACAAAAUAUCAAAGAGGUUCACUAGUAUGGACUAAAACCAAAGAAGUACAUUGUGGAGAAGUUUGGCUGAUUCCACACAGGAAAAUUCCAGAUUAACACAAAUAUCCAAGAAGAUUUAUAACUGAAACAAAAAAGCUAGCAUCAUGUGUGCUUUUGAGUUCCAAAUGAGGGAGGUCCACUGAACUUGGCCAAAGAUUUGGCAAGGUCAGCGUCUCAGAAUUUAUCAAGAAGUUAAGUCCUAUGGCUAAUUUUGUCCAUCAUAAAGGACAGUCGGUCCAGGAAAAGUUAAAAAGAGACUAUAAAUGAGUUUGCAUAGAGAAC